AUGAAGUUCUCCUCAGUCAUUCUCGCCCUUUUCGCCUUGGUCUCCACUGGCCUAGCAGACAAGUCUUGCACUCCGAGCUUUGAUUACUGCUCCGAUUUGCUGAUCAAGUCCAAGGGCUUUACGGAAGCGGACCUCAAGGACGUCUUGAAGGGAACUGAUCUUGAGAAUGAGCCUCUAAAGAACAUCUUGUUCCAUUGCAAGAACCCCGGCAUCGUUGGCCACCCAAAGCUCUGCCAGAGCGGGUGCAAGGACCCCGAGCAGGAGGGAAGUCACAAGUGUGACGGGUAA